AUGUUCUCGGUCGCUCAACAAAAGAAGCAGGAAGAAAAAAACUUACAAAAAGUACGGGACCUACUCCGCUUGCCGGCAAACAAAAAAUGUUUCGAUUGCCCCACCAAGAGUCCUUUCUUCGUCAAUGUGAGUGUCCAAACGUUCAUUUGCAGUCGAUGCUCGGGGCUUGUCCGUGAAGUGGGUCAUCGUGUCAAAUCAAUCUCUGCAAGUAAAUUCUCUGGUGCUGAAGUUGUUACAUUACAACAAGGAGGAAAUGAAGUGGCCCGUGCCAUUUGGUUGAGCAACUAUGGAAAGGACAACGUUGACCCUGAGACGGAUGAUGAAGUGAGAGCGUUCAUUCGGCAAAAGUAUUAUGAACAAAAGUGGUUGGAUCAGGAAGAAUUAAAGGCACACACAAAUCGUGUUCGUGAGAUGAUCAAGGCCAUGUUUACAGAGGAAGGGAUUCGAAGACCCGGUGCCAAGACCCCACCUCUUCCAGGUGAUGGCAACGCCAUUUUAGCUCCACCCAAACGACAACAACAACGACCUGCCUCACUGCAACUUACAUCCUCUUCUUGGAAAUCAGCCAAUGGUAACAAUACUACAUCGUCAUCAUUGCUGGAUGAUGGUGAUAAUGUGUACGAACCACCCAUGUCGGCAAGAGAAGUACGAUCCUCAGGUGUUACACCUUUUUCACCCGCUAUCGCGUCUCCAGUACCUGUUACACCAUCACGUAUUGCCCGGGAUACAGCAGCACCAACCACUCCCACCUAUGUUGCUUACUCUCAACAACAACCUUUCCCCACAUCUCCAGCACGACCAACACCACCAGUAGCCUCCAUUAACAACACCACAACCAAUGCUGCUUCUACCACCACUACACCCACAUCAAGCAUCUUUUCUGAAUUGGCAGGCCUUGAUAUUAGCUCUAAGCCUGCUCGCAGAGCCACUUACACUGGUGGUAUCCUUACACCCGCCACACCUGGCGCAGCAAGUCCUACUCGUUCAACACCUUAUUCAUCCAUUAUUGGAGGAUUGUCUUCAGAUUCAUUCAAGACAACACAGCCACAAUCCUCCACUUUUUCUCCAUUGUCACCAACCCAUCACCACCACCACCACCAGCGUCAUCAAUCCCAUUCCUCGUCGAUCUCAUCUCCAAUAACAUCAACCACAGCUCCUCCUCCUCAAUCACCACCUAUUGAAAAUGAUCCCUAUGCAGCUCUACGAAGUCUUAGUAUAAGCAGCACAAAAGAAGAACCACCCAAACAACAAGAAAUGAUACCCGAUGGUGUGCACGAACGUCAAGAUUCAGAGGAUACUGCAUGGACAGAAUUCUCGACAUCCACUACUACCAUUGAUGAUUUUGGUGAUUUUGCUUCAGAACCUUUGGAUGCUCCACCACCUCCGACAAAACCUGAUAUUGCUCCACCACCCAAACCUGUCAAUUACUUUGGAGAUCUUGAUCCGAUCGCCCAAUUCAAGCGUUCCGGUCGCUAA